UGUUGUUGUUACUGACAGCUGAAAUGGAGCAAAGAAGAGUUCAACUAGACCAAGCUAACUUCUCCUGUUCCAUCUGUUUGGAUCUACUGAAGGAUCCGGUGACUAUUCCCUGUGGACACAGCUACUGUAUGAACUGCAUUAAAGAACACUGGGAUGGAGAGGAUCAGAGGAGAACCCACAGCUGCCCUCAGUGCAGGGAGACACUGAGACGAAAGCCUGUCCUCAAAAGAAACAUCACAUUAGCUGCUUUAGUGGACGAUCUGAAGAACACUGAACUCAAAGCUGCUCCAGCUGGACCUGAAGAUGUGGCCUGUGACGUCUGCACUGGGAGGAAGAGGAAAGCUGUCAAGUCCUGUUUGUUCUGCCCUGCUUCCUACUGCAGGGAUCACCUCCAGCCUCACUAUGAUGCUCCACCAUUGAAGAAGCACAAGCUGGUGGAUCCAUGCAAGAACCUCCAGCAGAACAUCUGCUCUCGUCAUGAUGAGGUGAUGAAGAUCUUCUGUCGUACUGAUCAGCAGUGUAUCUGUUAUCUCUGCUUAAUGGAUAAACAUAAAGGCCACGACACAGUCCCAGCUGCAGCAGAAAGGGACUGAGAAGCAGAAGGAAGCUCCAGGUGAGUCGACAAACAAUCCAGAAGAGGAAUCCAGGACCAAGAGAAAGAUGUGAAGCUGCUUCAACAGGAGGUGGAGGCCAUCAAUGUCUCUGCUGAUAAAACAGUGGAGGACAGUGAGAAGAUCUUCACUGAGAUGAUCCGUCUCAUCCAGAAAAUAAGAUCUGAUGUGAAGCAGCAGAUCAGAUCCCAGCAGGAAACUGAAGUGAGUCGAGUCAAAGAGCUUCAGGAGAAGCUGGAGCAGAAGAUCACUGAGCUGAAGAGGAAAGACGCUGAGCUGAAGCAGCUCUCAGACACAGAGGAUCACAACCAGUUUCUCCUCAACUACCCCUCACUGUCAGCACUCAGUGAGUCUACACACUCACCCAGCAUCAAUAUUCGUCCUCUGAGAUACUUUGAGGAUGUGACAGCAGCUGUGUCAGAGCUCAGGGAGAAACUACAGGACAUCCUGAGAGAGACAUGGACAAACAAUUCACUGACAGUCACUCAACUGAAAGAGCCAAAGACCAGAGCUGAGUUCUUAAGUUGUUCACAAACAAUCACUCUGGAUCCAAACACAGCAAACAAAUACAUCUUGCUAUCGAAUAGGAACAGAAAAGGGACAUUAAUGGAUCAAGUACAAGUUUAUCCAUAUCAUCCAGACAGAUUUUCUCGAUGGUGGCAAGUCAUGAGUAGAAAGAGUCUGACUGGACGUUGUUACUGGGAGGUGGAGUGGAGAGGGGAAGAAGUUUAUUUAGCAGUUGCAUACAAGGAUAUCAGCAGAGCAGGAACCUCAGGAGACUGUGUAUUUGGAUUCAAUAGCAUAUCGUGGGCUUUACUUUGUGAAGAGGAUUCCUACACUUUUCUGCACAAUGGCAUAAAAACUCCAGUAUCAGGUCCAGUUUCCUCCAGAGUAGGAGUGUACCUGGAUCACAGUGCAGGUAUUCUGUCUUUCUACAGCAUCUCUGACACCAUGACUCUCCUCCACAGAGUCCAGACCAUCUUCACUCAGCCUCUACAUGCUGGACUUUGGCUUUCAGAUGAUGGAGACUCUGCCCAGUUCAUCAAACUGAGGCGGAAUUGAUUUGAGGUCCAGUUGGUUUUAGCUUCAGCUGGAAGUAGUGAUAAGAAACUAAUGGCCAAAACCAAAGCCUGCUGCAUUUUUCUUAUUACAAGCUGUAGCGUUUGGCAAAUUGUAGCAGACAUAUUUAUUCCUACAGAGUUGUCAGCAUAAAACCAUGAAAAAUGGAAAACAGUGAGGUGUUCCUGUUCACGUUAGGUUUACACGAAAAGCCAGUCUUAGAGAAAUGUGGAUUUUUUUAAGUACAAUGAAAGUGAAAGUGCCCCGUCUGAUCAUUAGUACUCCGUUAAAAUAUGUUUAUUUUAGAAAUGUAAUGAAACUGUUUAUAUGUAAUACCUGCAUUAACAUCAAAUGCCAAAAACAUCGCUAAAAAAUAUUGCAUGUUAUAUUCUGGUACGCAAUGCUAUUCUCCACAUACCUUCUAAGCACUUUAUAUUCACUGUUAGUUCCCACAAACAGCAGGUAGAGGGAAGUCCCAGAGUCCCCGGCCGCCGAGGCAACUGGGAAUUCCCACUCCAACCAGGCACACCUUUAAACGGAGCUCUGCUGCUCCAACAGCUCUGAAACCAGAUUCAAAUGGGCUUGUGAAAAAGCCUGGGACUUUCCACUUGUUUUGUAGUUAACUAGUAACAAAAGCAUCCAAGGGAGGAACACUGAUGUCUGUGGAACUUUUUUAUGUUUGUUUGGAUGCAUGGCCUUGUAUAGCCAUUUUAUUAAAAAUACCUUGAUAUGU